AUGUCAUGGGGAGAGUCUGAUUGUGGUCCUGAUGCUGCGAUCGUCUCUGGGAGAUUUAACUGAGGGAGAAGCAUCGGUGAGAAACAGAGCGUAAGCUAAAGGUCUCUCCGUCUUUCUCUGCACCUUCCUCCGUAUACUGAGCACCAUGACUCUAGCAGCCUAUAAAGAGAAGGUGAAGGAGCUCCCCCUUGUGUCCAUUUUCUGUUCCUGUUUCCUCUCGGAUCCGUUAAAGAACCAGACUUACAAGUACGACGCAGACACCGUGGACCUUACUUGGUGCGCUAUUUCCGACAUGGAGGUCAUAGAGUUAAACAAGAGGGCCUCUGGCCACGCCUUCGAGGUUAUCCUGAAACCCCCUUCCUUCGACGCCAUUCCAGAGAUCACAGCCACCCUGCCCCAGAAGCGAGACCCCUCCCUGGAGGAGAUCCAGAAGAAACUGGAGGCAGCCGAAGAAAGACGCAAGUAUCAGGAAUCGGAACUCCUCAAGCACCUGGCGGAAAAGAGAGAACACGAGCGCGAAGUCAUACAGAAAGCCAUCGAAGAGAACAACAACUUCAGCAAGAUGGCCAAGGUGAAGUUGGCUCAGAGAAUGGAGGUCAACAAGGAGAACAGGGAAGCUCACCUAGCGGCCAUGCUUGAACGUCUGCAGGAGAAGGUUAGUUAAAGUGGACAAACACGCAGAAGAAGUGAGGAAAAACAAAGAACUGAAGGAGGAAGCUUCUAGGUAGAAGGUGUGGACUGUGGACUUUGGACUGAGGACUCCAUUGGGCGCCUGAGAUUCCCAGCACAAUAUUAUAAGUGACCGAGACUCUCUUUUGCUUUAUCUGUCUGUGAAUGUCCAGAGAGGACCUGCUAAUACACCGUUUUGUAAGGAGUUUUUAGGGUGGGGCCGCAGUUUGUGGGAGGAGCCCACGCCAUUCGCCAGUCCUAAGAAGUCGUCUCCAUGAAGCCCUUCAAUGUUCUCACAUUCGUCGCACGCCAAUGGGAUCCAUUCACAAUCGCUAAACCAAUCGCUGUGGAGGUGAGCGCGCUGACCGUCGCUAGGGGAAACUGUAACCAAGGCGCCGAUGAACCAACGGGUAUCCACACUCGCUAGCGAGAUUCUACUUACAUUGCACUGAUUUUUAUAUGUCUACCAUUAUGUCAUCAAUACAAUGUUACUACCAGGUUA